CCGCCAGCAGCAGCGAAACCCAGAGCCUGCAGCCGGCCAUGGCCCACCGGCCAGCUCCCCUUCCAGCAGGCUGAGCCCACGUGAGGCCCCGGUCAGAAAGGAGUGAUAUGGCCUUGAACUUGUCAGCUUUCAACAACCUAAGAACUUCAGAAGAAAAGAAACAACUUGUAAGCUCAGGAUUUGGAUAGGGUCAACAUUGGAGCAGCAUCUGACUACUCUUCCUAAAGGAACUGCACAGAAAGUGUUCUAAGACUGAAAACGAUGAAUACAACGAAAGAGAAAAGAGAAACAGGGUCUACACCCAGGAUUCUUCUGCAUGUGUGAGGAGGUGUGAGACGAAUUCCGUGGCAGUUGAACUGGUUGCCAAGAUGGAGAGGAGGAAGGAACAAGCCAUGACCUUUUACAGUCCCAAGGUCCACAAAAUAAAGGGGGACCUGAAAUACCAACAGCCUACCCUUCCUACCAACAAACAAUCGAUGUCAGCCCAGAAGCGACGGCAGUAUUUGAGUGAGGCUUACACCUACACCGGGAUGCUCUGUGCCAGCCUCUCUGGCUUUAGCCUCUUGCUACUGAUCUGCACGUCCCCAAUGCACUGGGUGCAGUUCCUGGUGACCAACAAUGGCCUUGAGCUCAACGCAGGACUCUGGACCUUGUGCAACCAUGAGCUGUGCUGGAGCCACAUACCCAAGCCACCCUAUUAUCUCCAGUAUUCCAGGGCCUUGUUCAUCAUCUCUGUCCUCUGUGAGCUUAUUGGCCUUGGCUUGUUCUUCAACUCUUGCCACCCUACAGAAAGAAUAGUAUCCUCUGAGUUGGAUCUGAAGGUGUCCAUGCUCAGCUUCUGCUCAGCCAUCUGCUUGCUCCUCUGCCUCAACCUGUUUCUGGCCCAGGUUGAAUGGCACACCAAGAGUGCCAUGGAGUCGGAGCUCCUGUGGACCUAUUAUCUUAACUGGUGCAGUGAUGUCUUAUCUGUCUGUGCCGGGAUCAUCUCAUUUCUCAACUACGUAACUUUCCAAUCUCAUCCUCCUGAUGGGAGUGUCAGCGAAGAUCUACAACAGAAGUACAGGCUGGGCUUUGGGCCAGUACCAAUGACACUGCCUGCUACAGCUGAAAUGUCACCUUCCAAGAUGCCGUUUCUAAGUGGGAGACAGGAAAAACUACGGAAUGUGAAAAGGGGAAAACUAGCUACCACAAGACUGUGAUUAGAAGACAGAAGGCUAAAUCCUGCUGUCUUAAAAAUAGAGAGGGUGAGGUCAGUGGGAAAUGAUUGUGAAGUUCGAUGAAACCUUCUGAUAUCAUGUCCGUAGUAACUAACGAAAUGUCUUUUGUGUGCACUGCAUCCAAAAUAUGUAAGACAAUUAUAGAGAAAGGAGGGGAGGGCUGGAGAAAUGGCUCGGCAAUUAGCAGUGCUAGCAGUAUAGUCCUGGGAUUCAGAGUUGGAAUCCCAGCACCUACAGAACAAGUCUCAAAGACUAGGUGGAGAUGAGGGGAUAGGACAUCAGCAUUCUUUUCUGGAGUGCAAGUGCGUGUGAGCACAUGCACAUAAAUAUGUCUUGAAAAUAAAAGAGGAGGUAGUGAGAAUUCACCGAGAAAAUAUAUUUUAUUCUUG